UAGCUUAAAGCACAUCUGUAUGUGUUGGUUCACUGAUCUUAGCAAGGGACGGAGGGCUUUCAUUCGAGUGGGGAGGAGGUUCCCGUUAUUGCCCGGGCCUUACUUGCCAUGUGUGGCCCUCAUACAGUUUAUAACUCUCACCAAUCCUUUACACUUGUUUUGCCAACCCAAACUCCACAGAAAGUUUGUUUUAGUGACUUGCCUUUCUUGGGUUUCUAAAACAUUGAAUUUCAUAGCAGGCCACGAUGGUAAUCUUAGCACUUGGGAGGCGAAGGCAGGAGGAUCACAUGUGCAAGACCAACCUGGGCUACAUAACAAAGCGCUAUCAAAAAUCAAAAACUAAACAAGAAACCAUCCAGCUUCACUUUGGCUUUCUUGCCACACCCAUGUUCCGCCCACUAUGCAAAGGUCACACAGCUAAAAACACUGGGGAGGAAGUGGCAGCGGGUCGGAGCAGCACAGGAACCCUGGCUGGUGCGCAGAGACCUGAGGAGUCCUGACUUCCUGCCACCCAGCAGGCAGCCUGUUGGCCCUGAGAGGCAGCAUACUGAGCCCGAGGGUUGGAACGCUCGGACAGGAGACCUGGGAUCCAUGAGUGAGCAGAAUUUGUCAGCAUGGUCCCCGCACAUCUUUCAAACACAGGGAUGUGACCUUUUGUGGGUUUUGCCAUUUCAAAGACUGGGAUUCUUCUCCGGGCUCCAGAGAAACCGGUGGCUGGCAUCUCCAAUCUGCACCCCAGCCAGACAUCUAAGGAGCUCAGAAGCAGGCAUGUGGGAUGACGCUCACUGAUCCCGAUGCACCUUUGAUCUGCCAGCCUGAGGGGCCAUUGCUGGAGGUCUUUCUCGGCCAGUCCUAGACAGGACGUGAGGCACCAUGCCCCCCGGGGUCGACUGCCCCAUGGAGUUCUGGACCAAGGAGGAAAAUCAGAACGUGGUGGUGGACUUCCUGCUCCCCACGGGGAUCUACCUCAACUUCCCUGUGUCCCUCAAUGCCAACCUCAGGACCAUCAAGCAGGUGCUGUGGUAUCGGGCACAGUAUGAGCCGCUCUUCCACAUGCUCAGCGGUCCUGAGGCCUACGUGUUCACCUGCGUCAACCAGACAGCAGAGCAGCAGGAGCUGGAGGACGAGCAGCGGCGGCUGUGCGACAUUCGGCCCUUCCUGCCGGUGCUGCGCGUGGUGGCCCGGGAGGGCGAUCGAGUCAAGAAGCUCAUCAACUCCCAGAUCAGCCUCCUCAUCGGCAAAGGCCUCCACGAGUUCGACUCCCUGGGUGACCCAGAAGUGAACGACUUCCGUGCCAAGAUGCGCCAGUUCUGCGAGGAGGCGGCUGCAAGGCGCCAGCAGCUGGGCUGGGAGGACUGGCUGCAGUAUAGCUUCCCCCUGCAGCUCGAGCCCUCGGCCGGGAGCUGGGGGCCCAGCACCCUGAGGCUCCCCAACCGGGCCCUGCUGGUCAACGUCAAAUUCGAGGGCAGCGAGGAGAGCUUCACCUUCCAGGUGUCCACCAAGGACAUGCCGCUGGCGCUCAUGGCCUGCGCCCUGCGCAAGAAGGCCACAGUCUUCCGGCAGCCGCUGGUGGAGCAGCCGGAGGACUACGUGCUGCAGGUGAACGGGCGGCUCGAGUACCUAUACGGCAGCUACCCGCUGUGCCAGUUCCAGUAUGUCUGCAGCUGCCUGCACAGUGGACUGACCCCCCACCUCACCAUGGUGCACUCCUCUUCUAUCCUGGCCAUGCGGGAUGGGCAGGGCAACCCUGACCCCCAGGUCCAGAAGCCCCACCCCAAGCCGCCCCCCGUUCCCACCAAGAAGCCCUCCUCCGUGUCCCUGUGGUCGCUGGAGCAGCUGUUCUGCAUCGAGCUCAUCCAGGGCAGCAAGGUGAAUGCGGAUGAGCGCAUGAAGCUCGUGGUGCAGGCCGGGCUCUUCCACGGCCAUGAGAUGCUAUGCAAGACAGUGUCCAGCUCAGAGGUCAGCGUGUGCUCCGAGCCUGUGUGGAAGCAGCGGCUGGAGUUUGACAUCAGCAUCUGCGACCUGCCGCGCAUGGCCCGGCUCUGCUUCGCGCUCUAUGCCGUGGUGGAGAAAGCCAAGAAGGCGCGCUCCACCAAGAAGAAGUCUAAGAAGGCGGACUGCCCGAUCGCCUGGGCCAACAUCAUGCUGUUCGACUACCGGGACCAGCUGAAGACUGGCGAGCGCCGCCUGUACAUGUGGCCCUCGGUCCCAGAUGAGAAAGGUGAGCUGCUGAACCCCGCGGGGAGCGUGCACGGAAACCCCAACACAGAGAGCGCUGCUGCCCUGGUCAUCUUCCUGCCCGAGGUGGCCCCCCACCCCGUGUACUACCCUGCCCUGGAGAAGAUCCUGGAGCUGGGGAGACACGGGGAGCAGCGCGGACAAGGCACGGAGGAGGAGCAGCUGCAGCUGAGGGAGAUCCUGGAGCGGCGGGGCUCGGGCGAGCUGUACGAGCAUGAGAAGGACCUGGUGUGGAAGAUGCGGCAUGAGGUCCAGGAGCACUUCCCAGACGCGCUGGCCCGCCUGCUGCUGGUCACCAAGUGGCACAAGCACGAGGAUGUGGCCCAGAUGCUCUACCUCCUGUGCUCCUGGCCCGAGCUGCCCAUCCUGAGUGCCCUGGAGCUGCUGGACUUCAGCUUCCCUGACUGUCACGUGGGCUCCUUUGCCAUCAGGUCCCUGCGGAAACUGACGGAUGAUGAGCUCUUCCAGUACCUGCUGCAGCUGGUCCAGGUGCUCAAGUAUGAGUCCUACCUGGACUGCGAGCUGACCAAGUUCUUGCUGGACCGGGCGCUGGCCAACCGCAAGAUCGGCCACUUCCUCUUCUGGCAUCUCCGCUCUGAGAUGCACGUGCCGUCAGUGGCCCUGCGCUUUGGCCUCAUCAUGGAGGCCUAUUGCAGGGGCAGCACCCACCACAUGAAGGUGCUGAUGAAGCAGGGGGAAGCACUGAACAAGCUGAAGGCGCUGAAUGACUUCGUGAAGGUGAGCUCCCAGAAGACCACCAAGCCCCAGACCAAGGAGCUCAUGCACCUGUGCAUGCGGCAGGAGACCUAUCUGGAGGCACUCUCCCACCUGCAGUCCCCACUGGACCCAAGCACACUGCUGGAGGAAGUGUGCGUGGAGCAGUGCACCUUCAUGGACUCCAAGAUGAAGCCGCUGUGGAUCAUGUACAGCAGCAAGGAGGCGGGCACCACUGGCAGCGUGGGCAUCAUCUUCAAGAACGGGGAUGACCUCCGCCAGGACAUGCUGACCCUGCAGAUGAUCCAGCUCAUGGAUGUGCUAUGGAAGCAGGAGGGCCUGGACCUGAGGAUGACGCCCUACGGCUGCCUCCCCACCGGGGACCGCACGGGCCUCAUCGAGGUGGUGCUGCACUCGGACACCAUCGCCAACAUCCAGCUGAACAAGAGCAACAUGGCAGCCACGGCCGCCUUCAACAAGGACGCCCUGCUCAACUGGCUCAAGUCCAAGAACCCUGGGGAGGCCCUGGAGCGAGCCAUUGAAGAGUUCACCCUGUCCUGUGCUGGCUACUGUGUGGCCACCUACGUGCUGGGCAUCGGUGACCGGCACAGCGACAACAUCAUGAUCCGUGAGAGUGGGCAGCUGUUCCACAUUGAUUUUGGCCACUUCCUGGGAAAUUUCAAGACCAAGUUUGGAAUCAACCGUGAGCGGGUCCCGUUCAUCCUCACCUAUGACUUCGUCCACGUGAUUCAGCAGGGAAAGACGAAUAACAGCGAGAAAUUUGAAAGGUUCCGGGGCUACUGCGAACGAGCCUACACCAUCCUGCGGCGCCAUGGCCUCCUCUUCCUCCACCUCUUUGCACUGAUGCGGGCAGCGGGCCUGCCUGAGCUCAGCUGCUCCAAAGACAUCCAGUACCUCAAGGACUCCCUGGCGCUGGGGAAAACAGAGGAGGAGGCGCUGAAGCACUUCCGGGUGAAGUUCAACGAAGCCCUCAGGGAGAGCUGGAAGACCAAAGUGAACUGGCUGGCACACAACGUGUCCAAAGAUAACAGGCAGUAGCGGCCCCUUCCGGCCAUGCCCUGUCCUUCCUGGCUCAGCCUGAGAGGUAAACUGUGGUCCUGGGGACCAGGCGCCCUCAAGUCAUCUUAAACGGGCCUAAGAGCCUGAACGGCACCUCACAGGAAGGAACCACACAGUUGUCUUUUGUUUACACUGGUUAUUUAUUUAUGACCGAAAUGUUAAGGAGCAAAACAGCCAUAAAUGGAAACGUACCCUAGCAUGGGGGAGGGGCGCUGAGCCAGGCACCCUGCUCCCAGCUGAGCACGGUCGCCUCAGGUCUUUUAGCCGAGGGACCUUGGCCCCACGGACCUGUCUCAGGUGGAGAAUCUUCUUCCCAGGCUUCGGCCUGCCUGCCUGGGGUUGGUGGCCAGGCGUCCCCUGCCACCUCCUUUCCAGACAGGACACCUCAACCCUCGGCUCGCCUCUGCCUCCUUCUCCUCCACUGACCAAGUCCUGGGCUGCUCACGAGGCAGCCGGGUACUCUCUAGACUCAGGGACACUUGCUUGUCACUGCUGAUGUGACUCUCGGUACGGAGAUGUCCUUACCUCUUUCACUUUCAGGUAGGAAAAUAGCCAGACACUUUGUGAACCGCUAAGGUUGGGGAUAAGUACCCAGCUCCCACCACGGCUUGGUCCUCCAGCCGUGCUGAAGAGACCUGACCAUGACCGAAUUCACCCUGGUCACUGCCCUGGCCAAGGGGACGAAUGGCGUCCUUGGGGCACUGAUGUGUGAGCUGCCUCGCAGGCCGUCUGGAACAAAGGGGCAGGACCUGAUGUCACCCGGAGCUGUCCCUACUGGGAAGCUGCUGACCAUCACCAGGUCCCCACAUGAUCGUGGAACCUCGAGAUGGCUCCUUUCUCUGACAGCGAUUAGUCUGAAAUGGUCCCGUUAGCCUUCGGCCUCCCUGAGGGCUGGGUCGGGGCAGGGGAAGCAGUCCAGGCCCCUGGGCCUCUCCCAGACUUCUGAGACCCACUGUGGCCACAGGGCCAGGAACCUGUGCUUUCAGAAGCCCACGUGGCCUGGGGGCAAGUCUCAGUGGCAGGGCGUGUGCUUAUAGCAUGGACAAGGCCCUGGGUUCUAUCUGCAACACUGCAAACAAAAAAACCAAAAAAUCAAGCAGCCCAUGGCAGUCCCGACCCUGGCCACUCACGACUGGCCCCUCAGCACCUUCCAAGGCUCAGCAGCCCAGGGGCUCGGCUUCAGGAGGCCUGGUGCCAGUUGUCUCCAUUGAGGAGCUGGGCUCCAGCAGCAACGUUCUGCAAGGCGAGUGACUGAACUCCGGUUCCCAGCUCAGGCAGCCAAGGAGAGCCUCGUGUACGUGUUUAUGUUGUGUUAUUUAUUGAAACAGGCCUGGGUGCUCCCCGGCACGGGCUGCAGAUUCUGCACACCCUCAGCGGUGACUUGUGGUCUGGGUGUACAGUCUGUGUGCCCGGCAAGAAGAAGUAUUUUCUAUUUUUUUUUAAAGUCAUUUCACGUUUCUGUCUGGGGAAGACAAGUUCAGUAUCACUGACCUGGGCUAAAUCCGUGUAACCUUGAUGUGAGAACGGAAGGAAGGUGGAAAGAAAUAAAAGUCUUUUUAUGUUCGUA